CUCUCGCAACUCCUCACCUGAUCCAUUUCAAGGCGGUAAAUCAUGACCUCCAACCUCUAUCCUCAUAGAGGCUUCAUGCUGGAUACAGGCCGAAAGUUCUUCCCUGUCAAAGCCAUUCUUCACCUGUUGACCUUGCUUCACCAAUACAACUUCAAUGUCUUUCAUUGGCAUAUAUACGAUGCGGAAAGCUUUCCUCUGCUUUGGCCGGCGGGCGAGGGCUUGACGAAUGCAAGUGUCAAGUACAGCCAGACUCACACAUACUAUACGCCCAGCGAUAUUCAGAACGUGAUAUCUUAUGCCGAGAACCUGGGAAUUCUUGUGUAUCCAGAGACAGACAUGCCUGGUCACAGUGAUAUCUGGGGAAUAUGGAAAAAGGACCUGGUAGUAGGUAAGGCAAGCUUGAAAAAGCCGGACGCCCAGCUCGACAUUAGGCAGAACAACAAACAAGUGUAUGAUUAUAUCCGCAGCUUGGUAUCAACCGUCGAUGGGUAUUUCGGCUCAUCUUACCAUCACUUUGGUGGCGAUGAAGUGGCAUACAUGUGGAACACCAAGGACGAUAACAAACUAUUCAAUACGUUUUUGAACUGGCUCAAGACUCUCACUCCAAAGAAAUCGGUCAUCUUAUGGGACGAUCCUCUCACCGACUCGGAAAAGAGUAUCACCCUAUCAAAGGACUGGAUCAUUCAAACCUGGCAUAAAGGGACCACUCAAAAGAUACUCAAAAAGGGACACCGGGUUAUCGUUUCUGAGUCCAACACAUUCUAUAUCGGAAACGCAGAUGCUGACAAGAUAUCCUCUUUUGUAUUCCCAAAGGACCCCAAGGUCUUGGGAUUCGAAGUGGCUUGGUUCACUUCACAGGAUGAUGAUCCGAGUGAUUUGGAUCAAGAUUGGAUUAUCGAACCCUUGAAAGCUGCAUCUAAGAUCCGGAGAAAGUAGGCAAGGAAAAGGCGCAUGCGAACUUCAAAGGCCCGAACUGUACAAGCUAGAUGAAGUGGCACUGAGUCCCAAAUGGCUCAAAGUUUAACUAUGAUAAUCAGAAUCUCCAAUCUUAUCUAUUUACAGUGGAGUAAUUCCG